AUGCCUGUAACUCCAGGCUCCGCUCUGGGUUAUCUCCGAACCCGCAGUUUGGUCGACUGUGACACGCUUGAUGCUAAAGUGGCACAGGCGUUAGGACCCUUUCAAGACUGCACAUCCAAUCAGGCAAUCGCACUCUUUGAAUUGUCGAAACUAGAACACAAAGAAUUACUUGCAGAGUCUCGUCACCGAGCCGGAACACUCUUGAAGUCGAUGGCAGGGACCAAGGAUCCUCGCUUUGCUGGUAUUGAGCUUGAUGAAUUAGCUGUUGAGAUUGCGACUGUAAAAGUCGCGAUACAAAUCACACACCAUCUUCAAGGGAAAAUGCACAUUCAGACCAAUCCAUACUAUGCAUAUUCGACCGACAAGACAGUCGCAAACGCUUUUCGAAUCGUUUAUCUCUUCAAAGAGUUCGCGCCCAACUGGGACAGUUCCAGAGUCUGCAUCAAAAUACCUAGCACCUGGGAAGGGAUGCUGGCCUGUCGGACACUACAGCUCGCUGGCGUACAUACGCUAGCCACGACACUAUUUUCAAUGCCACAGGCAAUCCUUGCAGCAGAAGUAGGUUGUACAUAUGUCGCGCCAUACGUGAAUCAGUUGAAAGUUCACUUUGAACCAGGAUACGUGGACCCGAAUAAGCUCUUCCCUCUCUGCGUCGCGAUUCAAAAGUACUACAAAUCAGUUUGCGCCGUCACUCAAGUCUUACCCGCAAGUCUUACCUCGACAGACGAAGUGCUUGCUCUAGCGGGUGUGGAUCACAUCACAGUUGCUCCACCACUCUUGGAGCUCCUAUCUCUCCCAGACUGCCCCAUUAGUCCAUCAUUCUUUGACAAUGAUGCCACAGGAGUGUUUGCACUUCCAAAGACACCCUAUUUGAAAGACGAAGCGGCGUAUCGGAUUGCGUUCACACGAGAUCUUGCGGGGGCAAGUGAGGAAAAGUUGACGCAGGCCAUCAACAUUUUCUGCGAUAUGCAAGACAAACUGAUCGCUUUGAUCAAGUCGAAGUCUGAGUAG